AUGGCUUCGAAUUUCGGUGAGUCAUAUGCGUACGUGUACCCUCUUUGUUCUGACACUGUCUGGUACUCUCCGCACUCUCCCGCCACGCGAUUGGAGCGCAACUGCUGACGAGUGUCCUCUUUUCUUAUUAUCAUACUUUCAUUACACUUUUCCACGAUUCGUUGAUCUCUUCCGCGUUUAUCACUUUAGUUUAACCAAGGGUGUAUCACGUGAACUCGACUUUCCCGUCGAUAUUAUUCUGAACUCUUCUUUUCUCAGGCAUGGCUGGUAAAUAUGUGCCUCAAGCGAGGGAAAUCUGUGAGAAGACGUUGAAAUCGUUUGUCUCGCAAGUCGGGUCAGUCGAAAAGUUACUGGUAAUCAGCGGAGCCGGCAUCUCCACCGAAUCCGGUAAUAUUCAAUCGUUCCCAUACUCAUUUGCCUAGUAUUACAGUUCCAGGUAUCCCGGAUUAUCGAUCGAAAGACGUCGGGUUGUACGCAAGAAUCGCCCACAAACCCAUCUAUCAUCAAGAUUACAUGCGAUCUCAAAGAUGUAGGCAACGGUAAUGUCGCUUUUUCUGCUGACUUUUUACAAGUUUUAGUUCAGAUAUUGGUCACGCAACUAUUUGGCCUGGCCACGCUUCGGUUCAGCGGCGCCUAACGUCAACCACUACGCGCUGGCCAAAUGGGAGGUCUCCGAGAGAUUCUUGUGGCUCAUUACUCAGAAUGUGGACGGACUUCAUCUCAAGUCAGCUAUUUUUCGUGGAAUAGUCGAAAAAAUGAAGAAAAAAUGUUUCCCUUGUCGGAAUAUGCACGUUUGAGUAGGCGGUCCGUGAUUCAAAUAAAAAGGCUAUGUUAUUGCCAAUAGGCUAUUAGAAACGGUCAGUUCCAAUUUAAAAAAAAGAAAAACCUCCUGACUUCUUCCGUCAGAGCGCCGAGAAGAACUUUUCAUUUAUGGUUUUGAGUGAGGGCCUAAUAACCUGCCAAAGAAUUCUUAAAAUUCAAAAACUACAUAGCUGACAUUAAAUUUUUCAAAAAAAAAACAUGCAUAAUAAGAUGUGCUAAUGUUCAGAGCCGGAUCCAAUAUGGUCACAGAACUUCACGGCAGCGCUCUUCAGGUCAAAUGUACUACGUGCGAGUACACCGAAUCAAGGUGACAUAUCUUUAAUCUGAUAAUGCGAAAUGUUAACAUUGUGAGGUCUGAUCGUUCAUUCAAGGACAACACUUUUUCCGCCAAACCCUCACUAAAACUAUUUCAAAUUAGAUGUUAUUAACGGUUUGUGGGUGGUCUGGUGUGUUUAGAUAGACAAAAACCACACCUCACACGGUCGAUUAGUUCGUUUCCGCUUGACAAAACAUUUAUUUUUGCAGACAAGCCUAUCAGGAACGUCUGGAUGAAGCGAAUCCGGAAUUCAAGGAGCAGCACGUUGCUCCUGGAGAAAUAGCGCCUGAUGGAGAUAUCAUUUUGCCACUAGGCACUGAGAAAGUGAGUUAAAAUUUCGGAAUUCCAUAAUUUCUGAUUUCUUUCCAGGGUUUCAAAAUUCCGGAGUGUCCGAGCUGUGGAGGACUGAUGAAAACUGACGUGACUUUCUUCGGAGAUAACGUGAAAAUGGAUAAAGUCAACUUUUGCUAUGAGAAAGUGGACGAAUGCGAUGGAAUACUUUCACUGGGAACCUCUCUCGCUGUUCUGUCGGGAUUCCGUUUUGUUCAUCAUGUAAGUUCGGAAUAGAAUACAUACAACAGUGGUUUCAGUCAUUCUCGCAGAAAUGUGACAACAUUUUGUGCUCCAAAUCCAAUUCUACCUUCAAUUUUUUAUUUUAGUUCCCGAGUCUGCAUCAAAUUCCGACUGAAUAAUGUGUAAUUUCAGGCCAACAUGCAAAAGAAACCAGUGUUUAUUGUGAACAUCGGGCCGACAAGAGCAGACCAUAUGGCAACCAUGAAAGUUGAUUACAAAAUUUCGGAUGUUUUGAGUAGAUUGUGA